UCUGUUAUUUUUCUUUUAUAAAACAUCUAAAAUUUGUGAACUUACAAACAUGUCUAACAAAAAGAACAAAGAAAUUGAGGUAGACGAUAGUGAAAGUGAAAAUGAAAACGAUUCUGGUAGCGACAGAGAUUCGGAUUUAGAUUCAGACGGCAAUUACAUCGGAGACAAGGAACUGCAAGCAGACUUUGAGGGCCGCAACCCUGAAGACUGUGACUUCCAUGGAAUUAAGCAACUUCUACGCCAACUUUUUCUCAAAUCCAAUGUAGACCUGGGAGAAUUGGCGCAGAUUAUUAUUUCACAAAACUAUGUAGGCAGUGUAGUGAAACAAUGCCUCGACGAUGGACAGGAUGAUGAUGAUGAAGAUGAUGAUGGAAGUGAUGGUGUCUUUGGAGUCACCACUGUUAUAAAUAUUACUAAACGAAAAGAUGAAAGCUGUAUACAACAAAUAAGGACUCUGCUGAUGACACUAGCUGAAGAAAAUGCAAACGACAAGACAAAAGCCCUGGUUAAUAAAAUUCUGUCGGAUGACGAUCGUCAUGUCGGCCUAGUCAUUAAUGAAAGGAUUCUAAACAUUCCGGCGGCCAUAAGUGUGCCACUGUUUGCAUCACUGCAGUCAGAACUAGAGAAGGCGGUGAAGAGAGAUAUGCCAUACACAUUCCAAUACCUGAUAUGGAUAUGUAAAACAUAUAAUACUGGAGAUGAUGGUUCAGAAGUGUUGUUUGCCAAUCAAGAAGAAAAGCCAUUACUAGAGGAAGCUUUAGCAAGUUUUGAAGUGGAUGUGACGGAACAGGCUGAUCUGUCGCAGUGGGAUUAUGAAGGAGGUGCAUUGACACCCUGCAGGAAGGUUCUUAUAUUCGACGGCAGCAAAUUUAACAACUUGGUGCGAAUCCUUAAAGAAGAGGUGGAAAAUGUUUAAUUAUUGCCUUAACAACUAUAUGCCAUAUAAUUAAAAUAUACUAU